AUGUCUGCCAUUGAGACGCUUGUGGAAGUGGCGCUUGCUAAGGCCACCAAGGACAGUGCCGUGCAUGGCGUGGACAAGGAUCAAUACCUGUUGUGUUCCUCUGUCGUCAAAGCCGAUGUGCGCAAUUACCAUACCGUCAAGGUGCUGCAGAAGGGACUCGACGAGAGCCAGGCCAAGGCGGCCGCUCUCGCCCUGCUAUCGCAGCAAUACCCUCAGCUGGCCGCAGGCGGAGGCACCGCCUCGGAUGGCCCCGCCGAUGCGGCAGAGAAGGUUGUCAAGACACUUGAGCGUUUGUCGUCAUCACAGUUGGGUCACCUGGCCGCGGGCUGGGCCACGCAGCUCGGAGAGGCAUUCACCAACGCGAGCAUUCUUUCGACAGUGGAGGCCGGCUCGCUCGCGGGCCGCACCGGCAGCGGCAAGGUGCCGCUCGAGAGCGGUGAGGAGGCGCAGAUGCCUUACACCGUCAUCCAAGGACCAUCCGAGGGCAUGUACGUGCUCGAGGAGAGCGGAGCACAGGGCGAGCCACGACGCUCGGUCAUCCUCAACACCACGCUGGUGACCCUCAUGCUACAGCCGACGCAGGCACACGUCGUCUCGAACGCGACGCUUGUCAAGAUCAACGGCUCGAGCAGUGCUCUGGCUGUUUUCCGCAAGUUGCCCAAGUCAGGCAGCGCCGCCGAAGACCACGUCUCGCUAGAGGAGAUUCUCCAGUUAGCAGACGGUCUUCCGGCCGCGGGCGCGGUCUCGCUCUCGGGAGAGGAGCGCGUCAAGACGUUCGCCCGGGCUCUCGAGGCCAAAAUUGGGGACAAGGCGACCUACUCCGUCUUCGAGCUUCGGAGUCAGCUCGAGAGGCUUGGCCCCGACUUCACGCCGGUCGCCGCGCUGCCCGCACCCAAGUCGUGCGCGGAGUUCUUCACGCGCAACAUCCGCGGGGAGAACUGGGGCGCUCCAGCGAGGCGGUCCUUCGCGACGCGAUCGAGCGAUGGCUGGAAAGCUUCCGUUGCGUCGCUCGCCCUUCGCACCGACUGGUCGGUGGACGCAGCGUGCUCGCUGAUGUACCAAUUUGCGAUGGCCAAGGACCAGCAGCGGCUCGCCCCGCCCACUCCGCCACCGGGCGUGCCGCCCCCGAUCCUUACGCAGCCGAUCAUCAAGAUCACGACGGGCGGAUCGGGUGAGGGCGGCGACGAGGCCCUCUCCGCGGCCGCUGCCGCGCAGAGCUUGACGACCGCGGAGCGCGAGUGCGUCAAGAGGCUCGCCGCACUCGCCGCCAUCGAGGACAACAAAGGGGUCGAUGAGAUCGCCAAGUACAUCGACGGCGCGUCGUCAGCAGGCGCGCCCUCCCCGCACAUCAUGCGCCUAGUGCACGCGACAGACGCUAGCGUAAACAGCCUUGCGUCGUCGUACGUUGCGGACGACGGUUUUGUUGUCGACCUUCGGUCAAUUCGCCGGGCCAUGCUUCGCCGUCUGGAGUCAAUGCACUUUGGCUUCGCGACUGACAAGCAAUGGUCAGAGGAGCAGCGGCGCCAAGCAGGACGCAUUCGCGUCGGGCGCUUCAGCGAAGUGGACAUCGCCUGCCUUUUGGAGGGCCAGGAAGACGGCUUCUCCAAGAAGGCGCCGCUGGCGCACAUCAGGUGCCCUGUCAAGCUGCAGAUGGCGCUCGGAGUCUUCUUCAGCAUCUGGGCAAAGGCACACCUCACCUUCUCCAGCCAUAUCCUCGCCUUUGGCGCGAAUGUGGCCCGCUUUCUCCACCAGACGCGGGAGGACGGAGCGUCGUGGGAGCAGCUCUCGGACUACUGGCGGAAGCUGAUGCAGAAGUGCGAGCAGCCCGCGCUCCGCUUCGAGCGCAAGGAGGCACUCGCCCCACUCCAGCCGCCGCUACUCAAGUGGGCGGACGACCGCUCCGUCACACACGUUGCGGAGCUCAUGGACGCCGUCAACCGGAGCGAGCGAGAGCGGCUCGCCAAGCUGCUCGAGGAGGCGCGCGCGCCGAAGGAGAGCGCAGAGCUUGCCGAGCUCCGCAAGAUGGUCUGGUGCGAGCUGCAUGUGAGGGGCGGCUGUGGCCACAGCAGGUCCACCAGACGGGCGUCAAAGCUUGCCGUAAUCCUCGAAUCGCCUCGGAUGGGGUCCGCCGGAGACAUUCUCGAGCCCUCUCCGUGCCAUCACGAGCCGGUGUGA